AUGGUAUUGUACAAACGAAAACAAGUCCCCUUUGUUCCUCCUCCACCUACUCCCGCUGACCCAUCUACUCAAGUAUGGGUCAUUCCCAACACUAGAGAAUGGUUUCUCACAUAUGAAGAUUUUCUUGAUCGCAUGGAUUUUUACAACAGAAGAAAAUUUGUUUGUGAAAUCACCGGUAAUUCCUGUCUUACAUACUUUGAAGCAUUACAAAGUGAAGCCAAUGAACGCAAAGAGGUUGAUCGCAACUUUCCUGAAAAUCUACGUGAACAUAUUCUACGAUACUUGCAGUUUAAUCAAAUAUCCCGAUUAGACCAACUAGUUGACAAGGUGUAUCUGACAUUUAAAAAUGACUAUUUCCCCGGUGAAGUGGUGUUUCUUAAAGGGUUGGACCCUAAUAACCAAGCUCUUAAAUCACGCGGUGUCGUACGAGAAAAAGUUCAGUAUGCUGAGGAACCAACAAAGUACCUUGUUAUACGGUCACAUGAUAAACAUCAAGCUAUAGUCACUGGUGAAAAUAUCGUACGUGAUAGAAACCACUUUACCAAGUGGUUGAUCAAAACAUUCAUCAAGUUGACAAUGUCACGCUCACACAAGGUUGGGGCUCCAUGGGUUGUUAAAGCGGCUUAUGCAAAACAGUAUGGAAUACCGACAACUUACCCAGAAAACCUUCGUCAAUAUAUAGACUCAACUCCAACAGGCGAUCCUACUUAUAUUGUACCAAAAAGGAGAAGAUUGGAACCAGAAACAAGGCAGGAAGUCAAGAUAAAACCAAAAACUGCUACACCAGUGUUGGAUGAAGUUACAAGAUCGGCAUCGCCAAGUAGUAUUCUUGAAAAGAAGAAGCUGAAGCUAAAAGCAGAAGUGAAGCGAGGCUCGCCUUCGGUGGAGCUGAUACCGUUUAGAAAGAAGUUUCCUAUCCAUCAUGUGCCCGCGGCUGUUUUGAAUGAAUUAGAGGAAGCAGAGGCCACUGGCAACGAACAUGCUAAAGCCUUGUUUCAACAACCCACAAAGAGAACAAUUGUGGACGAUUUGGCCAUAAAGUUUGACAUUCAAAAUGAACGACCAAAGCCAAAGGUGUUGAAGGUUGAGUUGCAACAGGAGGAUGAAAAUGCAAGCAGUGACGAUAGUAGUUCAGUCGACACCACUGCUGCCAAUGAAGUCAACUUUGUACCCUUAAAUGCGGUGCUGGAAGCACUUCAAGUAUGGGUGUUUAUGAAUGUCUACCAUAACGUGUUGAAUAUUGACACGUUUACCUUUGACGAUUUUAUCACAUCCUUGACUUACAAUUUGAAUACACCGAAGCUAAGAUCAACUAUGGUUGAUGAAAUUUAUUGCUCGUUGCUAUGCAAGAUUGUAUCCAAUGAGAUUCCGAGUGCAAAAGAUGCAAAAGAGGCUGAUUCUAAUGACGCGAUAUAUGGGUUGAAAAUAACAAUUCCGCAGCAGCUAGAAGAAGAUCCCAAAGAGGAGGAGGAAGAGGCAGAGGAUGACAAUGAAGACGAAACUGAAACAACAGUCAAGAAGGAACAGAUUAUAAAAGAUAAUGGAGGAGACGAGGCUAAUGGCGAUAGAGGGUCUGAGAGUGAAUCCGAACACAAGCCUUUAAAAGUGGAGGACGAACGCAGUGAGGCUGAAGAGGAUGAAAAUGAGACUGUGAAGAAAGAAAAUGGUGUUGAAGAAGAGCAAGAGGAUGAACCAAGCCAUUCGGCGUAUGAAUAUCUUAGAUAUAGAGGUACUCCUUGGCAUGAUAGAUUGAGAAAACGUAAUUUCAAAGAUGGCAAUUGGCAAAUCAUUCUAAUAGGUGUUUUAUCAUUGAUUGAAGAUGUACCUAAUUAUCACCAAAUAGUGCAAGAUAUAUUCAAAUCAUUGGCACCGAAAGAUGGUCUGGUUUCGGCUGCUACUUUGAGAACAAACUUUUAUGAGCACCUUGACAUCAACUUGAAACUCCAUGCGUUGUGCAUUUUGACGGAUUUACUCAUCACCAGUCCAUUGGUGAGAAGUUAUAUUGAAGAAAGCCUUGAACAGCAAACGAGUUUGAGAAGAACGAGAUUGGAAAAUAUAAAAGAGUACAAGACUAAUUUGGAGGUUGCUGUUAAGGCACAGCAACAAAUUAUUGAGGCUUUGCCUCCAGUCGAAGAGUCUGCUCCUGCAACUCAAGACGAGCAAAAGGUUGAAACUCCAGGACUAGCCUCCAACAGCCAACCUGCCAAGCAAUUGCCACAUGGUCUAGACCUUCAGAAGGGCCUUGAAAUGUCAGAACGAGAGCGUGACUUCGCAACUUCUCAUCCCGAAUUUGCUGAGCAAUGUGAGCUUCGUCGAACGGCAUUGUUGAAGCUUAAUGAAAUUAAAGAGAAUAAAAAAUUACUCGAACAAAAAUUAAAUGAAUUUGAUUGUCAAAGAAUAAAGCUUUUAGGAAAAGAUCGUUUGUUUAAUCGAUACUGGUGGUUUGAAAAUAAUGGGAUGCCUACUUUGCAUAAAGGUUCCGCAAAUGAAGAUGACGAAGAUGACGAUGAUGAAGGUGAAAAAAAGGAAGAUGAAGACGAACAAGAUGAAGAAACCGAUGAUGUUCAUGAUGAGACGUAUCUCAUGGGUAGAUUGUGGGUGCAAGGGCCAUGUAAUACUGAUAUUGUCUCCAACUUCAAAAGAGAAGUUGAAGAAAUCAGGCUGUUUGUUGAGUCAAUGACCGAUGACGCAGCAGUUGAAAAUGUCAGUGAAGACAAUGGAGGAUCGAUCAAGGUGGAGUCGGUCGAUGGAAAGCAACUGAAUGAACAGACAAAGACAGAAAGUGAAGCCACGGAGGAAGGAACACGCAAACGAAAUCAAAUCAAACUAAUAAACUUUUCAGAAUUAUCUCCCAAGUUUAAGCAAGCAAUCGAACAAACAUCUCAAUUGAAAUUUACCGAUAAGGAAAUAUACUCCUCCACCAACGAAAAGCUUCUUGUUGACCAAGAGGGAUCCUUACAAGUGCCAUUGGGCGAAAUAACUCACAUUCAACGUAAAUUCAUUGAGGAGUACUAUGAUCCUUUAUUGAACAGUUCAGCAUGGAGAUAUUACGAUGAGCCCGAGGACGUCAACAAAUUGACAUCUUGGUUAAAUCCAUGGGGUAAACGAGAAUCAGCAUUGCGUAAAGAAUUGAUCUUGGUUAAGGAUGCAAUUACAUCAAGCAUGGAAGCAAGACAAAAAGCACUUUAUCUUAAUGGAAAUGUAUCACCUCAAGAGCAAAGCUUGCGUGAUGAUAUCACCAAAUUGCAGAAUCGAUUAAAGGUCAUUGAAGAAGAAGAAGAGAAAAAGAAGAUGAAUGCAAAUGCAAAUGCGAAUGCUGAUGAAGGUGGCAACGACUCAAUGGAUAUUGAUAAUGACGAUUCUAUUCAAAUUGGAUCCAAACGAAGAUCAAGAUCAAAAAGAGCUAGUCCACAAAUGCGCAAAAAACCCAAAUUAAACACCGUUGACGAUUUCGUGGACCAUGGUGAAGUUCAUGAUAUCAAAAGUAAAAUUGACGAACUAAAUCAAGAGAUUAUUGAGAGUAAACAAGAUGUUGAAAUUAAUCGAGUAUGUGAAUGGGUCAAUUCAAAAGCAUUGGAUGUGUUUGGUAAAUCGAUAUUUGAAGGGGGCGAUAGAGCCAAAAAGUCAAAACGUAAAUAA